UCAAAUUUAGUUAUUUUGUAUGCUACAUCGUAUAUCACCAUAUCUUGAACUCAAAUAAAGAUUGAUGGCAUUCUCAAAGUCAAUGCUUAACAACAAAAUGGACCGUGUACAUCUUCUCCUCCUCCUCCUCCUCCUCCUCUUCGUCUCCGCCGCCGUCGCAACAUGGCCAAAUAAACCUCAUGCAUUAAUCCAAACGGUGAUCAAAGACCCAAUUAUCAAUCUGUACUUCACCUCCAUCGACAUAGGAACCAACAUCACCGUCUCCGUCAGCUUCGUCAUCGACCUAUCUCAACCUUACACCUGGUUAGACUGCUUCUCCGGCUACUCUUACUCUUCUUAUACUCCGAUAGAUUUUGACUCCCCCAAAUGCAAUCUCCACAAGCUCACACGCCCUCUCAAUGUACCCACACCAGAUUGGUGGGUCUGCUCCGGCGCCGGAGAAAAAGUCAAACCAGGAUGCUCCGACCAUCCUUGUGGGAUAAAACCGUACAACCCCGUGGAUAACACGUCACGUGCUGGAUCCUUAAGUGAGGAUGUAAUGUUCUUCUACUCUACACCUGACGGCUUAAGCUUCGGAUCUAGAUUCCAGUCUCCGCCGGUGACAUUCGCCUGCGUCGGCCGGAGAGGCUUCGAGGGGUUUCCUUCGGAAGCUCAGGGGUUGCUUAGUCUGUCAAGAAACGCACUUUCUCUCCCGUCGCAGCUCUCUUCCAAAUUCGCGCUCUGUUUGCCUUCUAAAACAGAGGACUCUGGUUUUGGAGAUCUUUUCAUCGGCGGUGGUCCGUACUUCCUCCCGCCGUACCACGACGACGCUUCUCGUCUCUUCACCACCGUAUCUCUAAUCACUGACAAAGCCUCAGAUGAAUACUUCUUCGAAGUCAAAUCAAUCGAAAUCGAUGGAAAGGCGUUACCUUUAGAGAAUUCGAUACUCUCUAAGCUCAGCACCGUGACUCCUUUCACCGUUCUGUAUCGUUCCAUUUACGAACGUUUUGUUAAAGAGUUCAAGGCAAAGGCAAAGGCCAAGGCGAGGAAGAUGGUCGAAGCAGAGACUGUGGUGGCUCCUUUCGAGGUAUGUUAUAGAGUGAAGAAGGGGUUUAAAAUGGAAGAUGUUCCAGUGAUUGAUCUAACGGUGGGGAGCGGUGGCGGGAGAUGGAGGAUCUACGGCUGGAAUUCAAUGGUGGUUGUGAAGGAGAAAGGUGCGAUGUGUUUGGCGUUUGUGGAAGGAGGAGAGAUGAUGGUGAUUGGAGGGUAUCAGAUGGAGGAUAACUUGGUGGAGAUUGAUCUUCAGUUAUCGAAGCUUAGUUUCACUUCUUCUCUUCGUCGACACAACACUUCUUGUUCUCGUUUUAGACCAGUUGCAACAGAUUGGUGUCUUAAAGACAACAAUUCGUGUGGAUCGGUCAUAUGUUGUUAAACUGUUUUGAGAUUUUUUUACAUUUCUUCUUGAAUCUGGCCCAAUAAGAAA